UCAGAAUCUAAAAUUUAACUUAAUUAUAACUGUAAUUUUGAGUCAGCGAGUGUUUGUUAUGUAAUUACGUUUAAAAAUAAUAUAUUAAUAAAUUAACUAUUGUUAUUUAUUGCAUUUUAUUUAUAUUAUAUAACACUAAAUACUAAUAAUUUCAACCAAAUUCGACGGAAGUUAUCAGCCUCCAUAAAACGAAAUCUAUAGGUCUAUAGUCUAUUAGUCUAUAGACUUAUGUAAUAAUCUAGAGACAUCUUGUAGCUACUAUGGUGAACUAUUAUAUUUAUGAACAUAUAAAAUGUUAGAAUGUAAGAUCUAUAGAUAGGCGAUAGCUGUUGUAUUAACAAUGUUAAGCUUACUUAUUUUAUAUUUUCAUUGUACUUUUGUAUCUUGUACCUAUGUUAAUAGUAAUAAUUGUAGGUAAUUUAUAUUAUAAUAACUUUAGACUUCAACAUUAUACGAAUUAUAUGCCAUACGAUAAUCCAGUACCGGAGUAUACCGAUUAUAUAACUGAAAUCGAUCUGGGCCGAUCCAUACAUUUUAAAAGUCCAUGUUAUAUUAUCGCUGAAAUAGGACAAAAUCAUCAAGGUGAUAUAAUGAUGGCUAAAAAAUUGAUCAAAUUGGCCAAAAAAUGUGGCGCGGACUGUGUAAAAUUUCAAAAAAGUUGCAUAAACGAAAAAUUUACGUUGUUGGCCAGAAACAGACUGUACAACAGUAAAAAUUCUUUCGGUGCGACUUACGGUGAACACAAACAUUUCCUGGAGUUUAGUGAAGAUCAAUACAAAGAACUGCGGAGGUAUGCAGUAAAAAAAGUCGGAAUUCAUUUCACUGCAUCGGCAAUGGACCCGGUUUCAUUUGAUUUCAUCGUUAACCUCAAAGUGCCGUUUGUGAAAAUCGGUUCGGGCGAAUCAGGCAAUGUGAUGUUAUUGGAAAAGGCGGCUAAGGCUUACGUCCCGUUGGUCAUAUCUACCGGCAUGCAGACGCUGGCUGACAUACGAAUCACUUACGAGACAGUCAGCCGGUACCAUAACUAUUUCGCACUGUUACACUGCGUAUCUGCGUACCCGACGCCGCCGGACGAGGCCAACCUGAACAUGAUCAAGACGCUCCGCAAGACUUUUCCAAAUACGAUCAUUGGUUAUUCCGGCCACGAAGUGGGCUCUUCUCUGACAGCUGCGUCAGUAGCACUCGGUGCCAAAAUUAUUGAAAGACAUAUCACACUGGACAGAAAUAUGAAGGGCUCGGAUCAUAUAUGUUCUUUAGACCCUUCGCAGUUUAGCAAACUCGUCAGAGACAUUCGUUACAUCGAAAGAAAUUUAGCUAUUUAAAAAUUAUAAGCAUAUCUAUUAUCACCUCAAAGUGUUCAUUUACAAUUUUUAUUGGUGCCUAAAUAUGGUAUUUUAAUUUAAUUUAAUUGUUUAAAAAAAAAAAAAAGAAGUCAAGGUAUGUAAAUGUAUACCGUAUUUACAGUAUGCAAACUAUUAUGUAGGUUACAUAUAGAAAAAAAUUAAUUUUUAAAACAACAUAUUAGGUACCUAGGUAGUAAUAUACUAUAAUUAUUCUUCAAUCCAGGAAUUCAUAUACAGUAUUCAUAUUCUGUUCAUAAAAUAACACAUUAAUAAACCUUACUGAACAUUUCAACUAUAAGAUUCAUAUUAUAUGGUCUCUAAGGUCACCAAGCUCAAGCACUCGCAAAGUUUCAUGUAAUUCAGAUCACAUCAAUUUGGAAACCGAAGAAAAAAUUCACAUAAUAUGUCUUUAACUUUGUACCUUUACUAUAUUCGACUUACUUAUUUAGAUAAGUAUUUUAAUAUUUUACAUCAUCACAUCAUUUCGUUAACUUAAAAGUUUAAAUUUUUUUUAAAUUUUUUUAUUUUCAAAUAUUAGAAGUUAAAAUUGCAAUUAUUGUAAUUAAAAAAACGUAUCAUCACUAGUCGAUUUUGUCUGCCAUUUAUGUCUCUUAUAUUGUAUAACAUUUAAAAUUAUGUAUAUCAUAUAUGUGUGCUUUUUAUAAAUGUCUAAUAUAAUUUUUACAGAUUUAGAUAUAUCUUUUUGUUUUAAUAAUGACAGCGUACCUAUACAGUUAUUUUCUGUUGGGUAACUAUUGUAAAAUAAUGAAAAUUGAAUUGUCGUCGCUAUUGGCAAACUUACGAAUUAAUAAAUAAUUCACCCCAAAAAA